AUGGCUGAAGACCUUAAUCAUUUUGCUAAAUAUCAAACCUUUUCUUCUUAUUCAACAAUAUUUAACGAGUUUGAUACUCCUUCUAAAACUUAGACUUUAAGAAGAAACCCAUUAGAAUAUUACACAAAGAGAGGUUUAGAUCCACCAAAAACGAGUUAUGGUGAUCCAGCAAAGAUCCUUGAUCAUUAAGAUCCUUAAAAAUAGGAUUAAACUAAAGAAACAACUUCUGUUGGAUCAGUUCAUCAUUUUGCAAAUGAAAUUAAUCGCUUAUGUUUAGAAGUUGGCAAAAUUAUAUUGAAACCUUAAGCAAUCAAAGAUCAAUUAAAUCAUAAAAAGAAAAAAUCCUAAGAAUAAUUCUAAAAUCUUCCAUCUAGUGAUGUCUAAAUUUAGUCUCUUAGAUAAAUUAACUCAUUAAGUGAUUUCAAUUAAUAAGUUCAAUAACAGAACACCUAAUAACCGAUUCAACAUUAAUAAUAAGAUUUACCAGGUAGUGAUUAAUCAGCUAAAACUAAUGGUUUAAAGCAAGACCUCAAAUUAGUGUUAACACCAUAAAAUGAAUAAAUAGAUUCGUUAUAGUAAUAAGUGUAAAUUUCUUAAUAAAGAGAUGAACACUCAUUUCAUACUUAAAAGAAAACAGUUCAACAAUUAUAUUAAAGAAAUAAUAAAUCAGGUAAUUUAAUUUUACAUAAUUUCUAUAGUAUUGUCUGUUGAAGAAUAAUCAAAGAAAAUGAAAUUCAAUUAAAAACCUUAUGUAAGUUCUCUUACUGACUUAGCACAACAUCAGGAUGAGGAAAUAUAGAAGGCAAUUAAAAUUUUGUAAGGAGGAUUUAAAAAACCUUGA